GGUAUGUCCCAUGUUUCCAUGACCACGUCUUGGUUGUUUGUUUCCCUCUCAGUUGACGCUUCUUUUAUUUCUGUCUCACUCACGUACGCCGUUCUCUCACCAACCCGCCGGCUACUUGACUGCAUUUUUCCCUUCCGGUGACUUCUUGUCCCCCCUCUGCUGCGCCGGUUGUGUCUGUGUACCCGCUGUAUGGCUCGCCUCUUCUCCGUCUUUUUCUGCGCAUAAUUGUUUGUGUAUGUGUCGCCUCACCUUGAUUUUUUUUCUCUGCGAGCACUAUCUCUCCCGUGUCUCUCCCUUCCCCCAAACCUCCACCCUCCCCGACACAAAACUGCUGCCGGGCGAGCGACGACCGAGCGGAAACCGUAGCGUCGGUCAGUGCCAUCGUCGUUCCGCCGCACAGAUCCCCAACCAACCCCUCCAGCCGUCCGCUGCGCGCUAAGCAGUUAACGCGCGUUCGUGCCGGGCAGCAAAUGCCCUGUUCCCUCGGCGUGGAUAGGCCUCGCCGACGCAGCAUUAGGCCUGCGGCGGCCCGAGCCGCCCGAGCUCCGCAAGCGAGGCGUGCCGCGCCGAUGCCCGCCGCGCCGGCGAAGCUACCCAUCGCGCAUGCGCUGACUCUGCUCCGGGCGAGGGAGGAGGCGAGGAGGAAAGGGAGAGGGACCGGCGGCGCAAAUGGCUGCUCUGUUGUGUGCGUGUGCCGUGAUGCACCGGCCCGAUCUCGUCGCUGGCGAGGGAGCCAGCCCGGAAUCCUGAACCUCUGUCGGGACGCCCCUAGUUUUUUGGUUCUACUCUGUUCCGCCUCCUUUGGUUCUGUUUUUGGACUCGCCUGUCACGCGCACUUGGUGUGUUUGCUGAGUGCCCACGAUGUCUCUUUUUUUUUUUCUUCUUCUUUGGAUUCUCGCGACGGAUUUGCACAGUUGCAGCAACGUCUCGAUCUCUUCCCCGUCGUUCAUGAACCGGAAAUAGUGCGCUCUCUUUGACUAAUGACCGAGCGUCGUCGAAUGGCCAUUAAUGAGUCGCCAGCGGGGGCUGCUACCGUUGGCAUCCUCCCGGAAGCUCGAGGGAAUGUUGCUGCAAGCGUGCGUUCUGUUCUGGGUUUUAAUUGGAACUGUGUACUUUUAUGUGCCUUACACGGUUUUAUUUUAUUUGUGUUCUUCACCUUGUUUCUGAAAUGUUUGGACUAUCGUAUUUGCUUUUGAAAAUGCAUGUGCAUGCUGUGUGCAUUCACCUGUGAGGAGGUGUGCCUGCUACGAUAGACACAUUACGUGCACAUGGAAUUCGUGAGGUAUUGUGACAGGAAAUGUUUGCCAGAGACCUUACAAUAUCUAGCUUUCCUUCUGCAUUGAACGUUGACACAAACUGAUGCGGUGUGCAUGCAACUCAAAUUAAAACGUGCUGAAAAUUUAGAAAAAAAAGUUUGUUACUCAGUGUUGAUGUCUUCAAUUUAGUAGUGGCCGAGAAUAUACCUGAAACACUCUAGCUUUAAAUGGUAAAUGUAUUGUGGGUAUUGACAUUUUUCAUUACUGUGGCAUUGAAUAUUGGCAGUUACAAAUAAAUUAUUUGGUUCCUGCAGAA